CCACGGCAGGACGCCGCUUUGACCUGCACUCUAUUUUUACGUCGCCAUGGCAACACGAAUAUGGCUUCAGAUUUACUGACUUUCACCGUGUUAACCAGCUGAACCACGGGCAACAUGUACCGAGGAUUUAAUGAAAGUAAGAUUCCGGCUUACACCGUUUCAUCUUCAAUACCAACAAAAUACCAAACAGUAGUCAUACCAAAUGAAGAAAAGAAAGGGUUUUUAUCUCAAGCCAGGAGAUUCCCUUCACAAGUUUGUCUGAAUGAAAAUCCUGGACCAGGCAGCUAUGGUCGCAUCUCCAGUGCUGAAGUCCAAAGUCCUUCCUUCUCAAAGAAAGGCACGACAGGCUUUGUUCCAUCCAAGGCUACCAGGGCUUCCCUUAACCCACUGAGAGGCACCCCUGGACCAAAUGCAUACAACCUGCAGAGCUCCUUAAUAAACGACAGUGACUUCAACACUGGAGUCUCCAGGGUGUUCAGGUUGCCUGUGGGUGUGCAGUUGGAUGAGCCGAAGCACAAAACACCAGCCCCGAAUCAGUAUGAUGUCAGCUGUGGCAGUAAAAAGAGCUUCUCCUCAGUGGCUGGUACAGCAGCUUUCCUGUCAGAAACUGGACGUGACUCUAUUUACCCAAACAAAAAUGGGCCAUCACCGUGCCACUAUGAGGUGAAUGACCACUUAAUCCAGCACAGCUCCAAGGCAGUCUUGUCCCCCUUCAAAUCAAAAACCCGGAGAAGGCCUUUUUCAGUGGACAAUCGUGCGCCCUGCCCAGGAGCCUAUAAUCCCCAUCAGACCCCUGCACCGGUGAGGAGGACCAUCCUGCCGAGAGGCUAUUAUUUGGCAAUAGCAGCACCCCCCCUGAUUGUUCCUAAGGACCCUCCCUUACCAGGCCCUGCGCACUAUAACAUCACGGAUGUUAACAGCUCGACUAAGCAUCCCAUGCCCACUGCUGCAUUUGCAUCCAAAACGGAGAGGAUACUCGAAAACUCACAGGCUGGUACAAGGCCAGGUCCAGGUUUCUACAAUCCACGGAAUUUGUUAAAGCAGUCCUUCUUUUACAGUGACUCCAGAGUCUGGCUUCCUUGAUGAAGCUUUCAAGAAACACAGCAGAUAUGUACAUUUCUCCACACACAUGGACUGUGAUUAUCUGUGUCAGAAUGCUUUGCACAUGGGUUAUGUGUGGGUCUUUGAUUUCUUUAGAUCAUAUUGUUGAGAGAAAAAAAAAGGAUUAAAGCGAAAUGUUUGCAACCAUUUAAUCUAUAAUUCUAUCUAGAAUUUUAUUUAACUAGGCCAACCAGAUGUAAGAGAUAUUUUAGAAGAUGAAUCAUAUACUCUGUUUAUCCAUAGUGGUGAUGUAAGGGAAUGCCAAAACACUUGAAAAGCCACGUGUUUCAUCCUCACCCUGAUUUCCCAAUGCUCUAAUCUGGAGAUGAUAUAGAAGUAAGUGUUGCUGCAGUCUUCGACAGCUGCUGGUCCAGUCAGUGCUGCGCCACAGUAACAGCUGAGAGCUUGAGAUGACACCACUGUGCCAACUGCUAGAGGGCAGACAGAGGGGUGGAGUGUGACUGUAUGUGAGCAAUGUGACUCACUGGGCAUGAGGCAGGGAUGGUGUAUAACCUGAAUGACAAAUGGACACAUCAGUCAUCAGCCGUUAUCAGAUGUCAGAUUGUCAGAACAGUGGAUACAACACUUUUCUGACUCCUCUUUUCUGUUGUUUUAAAGUUUCACAUUUUGAGAAAAAUGUUUUUAUUUUGCAU